ACGUUUUGCUGAAACGGAGUUACGUCUGCACGAUAAGUGUGAUAACGAUAACCGCUGUCCUCACCUUGGGAAUAACCGUCUUCAGUCAUGGAAUGCUUCUGGACGAGGAGUGUCCGAGCACCUAAAAGGAAAAGAAACACAUUAUCAACAUGAUUGGCGGAUAAAAGUUGGUACAACAAUUAGAAAAUCCUAUUGAUUUUCUUGAGUCCGAGUUGAGGUACAGAGGAUGUCCAUAUUUUCAAAGGGAUUUAUUCCUUGUAUGGGGUUUCUGUCAUCCCUCUCCUCUUUGCCAUCAUUGGCGGGUUUGGUGUCUGGAAGGAGAAAAAGUGGGCUCUGAUAGUGUUUGCAGUCGGAAUGAUCCUGGGAUGUCUGUUCUUCAUCGUUCUUGAAAUAUCCCUUCCAUUUGCGUAUCAACAGAUGGAACUUAUGGUGAAGAAUAAAUACCUCAGCUUGUUGCCUCUCUCAAAUUUAAGUGAGAGUGAAUUAUCGGAAUUGGACUAUACACAGAGUGAGUUUCACUGUUGUGGGUUAACAAGUCUCGGGGACUGGGAAAACAACAUUCCCGAAUCAUGCCAGUGUGACAUAGACUCCUCUGAUGAAUGUGUUGAUACUUAUGGACCUAUGCACAACGAUUCUGGACUGAAUUUUUCGAAUGUCAAGCCCAUCAGGAUUUAUGCCAAGCCAUGUCUUCCAGUCUUAAUUCAACUUGAGAUGAGCCAUGUUUCCAUAUUCAUUGGCAUAACGUUGGCAAAAACAUUGCUCUGGAUGCAGGUGUGGGACACAGCAGGUCAGGAGAGGUUUCGGACCAUCACUCAGAGUUACUAUCGCAGCGCUCAUGGCGCCAUGAUUGCCUAUGACGUCACACGAGGCUGCACCUUUGAUUCGGUGGACCAUUGGAUCAAGGAGGUAGAGCUGUAUGGAGCUGCCAAUGUACUCUUGGUACUAAUAGGUAACAAAUGUGACUUGGAGGAGGAACGGGAGGUUCCAUUUGAGAAAGCUUGCAAUCUGGCAAAAGAAAGAGGCAUACUCGCUGCUUUGGAAACAUCUGCCAAGGAAAGUCAGAAUGUGGAGGAAGCCUUCUUGAUGAUGGCCAGGGAGCUGCUGUCUCGUAACGGCCUCAACGUCCAGCAGGAUGAAGUUGAGAGCAACAGCAUGCCUCGGAUCCUCCUCAGAGAGAACUCUCGGCCAAUCAAUGUCAGCAUGGGCCCCUACGUUCCACCAGAGAAAGAGAAGAAGUCGUGUUGCUGACGCAGAGAAACAGUGACUGAAGAUGCUCGAAGGGUUUUAUUUAUCGGGAAUGCUGAUGAAUGAAAGAAAGCAGAAGAAUUCCUGGAUGAAGAUCUGUGACGUCGAGGCAUGAUGUACUGAGCAUCUGCCAGAAGGCAGAUGUCAAAGAGAUGGUGAAGAAAUGUUCAUUGUAUCUGAUCUGAGAGGAAUGCUGAUGAGGCGUCUUCACCAGAAAGAUCUGUGAUCAGUGUUCAGGAAACGCUACAGCCAAACGAUCUCCUUUCAUAUCAACUGGUCCACGAUGCUAAUAUUUUUCUAAAUUCAAAUAGUUUAAAGCAAAUACGUUUACACCAUUGGAAGAGUAACGGUGUGCUAAGUGCUUGGGGUUGUUUUACGGUGCGAUUUUGUUAAAAUGAAGUUUAAAUGAUUUUGAAAGAGUUUUUUUUUUUACCUAUGUGGUGUCUCUUAGUACACUGUGGAUUUAAGUUUCCAAAACGGCUUGCCAUACGCAAAACUACUGUGAAAUAUGUCUGAAUUGAUUUCACGACGCAGCUGCAAAAAGCUGUGAAAAUCAAAAUGCCAUAUUUGAUUAUGAGUAGCUUUCAGCGAACUCUUUCAGCCUGUCGGGAAAUUCUGACCUCUGAGGACAAACCUGACGUUUCUAACCCACUGAACACUGAAGGGACACUGUCUGAACACUAGAUGGUGCUGUGCUGCAACCUCAUGAUCUGUAGUUGCUGUUAGGGUUGCCUUUGCCUUGCAUACAAAAGGGAAACGUGAUUUGAAAGAAAAAUAAGCGUCCAAACACAAACAGUUUGUCUCAAAGCCAUUUUCUGGAAAAGAUAUAGUGUAUUAUUACAAUAAGGUUAUUACACUAGAAGAAGAGGUUAUUACUUUUCUGAGGCAGUCAUUGGUAAAUUUAGCCUUGCUUAAGAGAUUCAUACGUCUAUAAAUAUUUGCUAGAUUUGGCCAUGUUUCAUAAAAAUAAAAUUCAAUCUUUCUCUUGGGAGUGUGGUUGUAUCAUAGACCAACUUGAUUUGUAAAUUUAAAAAAAUGAUUUUUUAA